AUGAGGGAGGAAUCUCGAUUGCAACCAGCUAAGGUUCGGGUGAAGUUUUUCGAGAGUCAGCACGUGGCGCAGGUUGCCUGUGCACCUCCCUCCCCUGACGUCACCUUAGACUUCGGAUCAGACACCAUGACGUCACCAACGCUGGAUCAUUCGCCGGAUUACCACAGGCAGAUCAGUCACGAAAGUGGGAUAGACAACCCUUUCCGACCUGACGGCGAGUUGAGUCGAGAGGCAGACACCAUAGUGAGCCUGAUCAAGGAGGGUAAGCCUAUCACCCCAGUCAAGAUGGACGAGGCCGAUCUGGACGGAGUCGUCUUGAACGGUUUUCCUCAGACAGACCAAAUGGACUCUAUGUUGCUGUCUGGACCAUCGGCCAACGGCAAAGAGGUCAAAGAAGUGGUUGUCACCCCUCAUACAGCAUCGUCGCCACUGGGCGCCAAAUCUGGUGCCAACGGGCGCACCCCAAAGGAUUCGCCAGCAGGAGUUGUCGAAAUACAGCGCGGUGUCAUAGUGCCGCCCACUGACGCCCCAGCCGUGGAACAGGUAGUUAUAAAGAAGAAGCCAAAGUGCAAGUGUUGUGUAAUUCAGUAGGAGAGGACACUUUCUCCGAAAUGGACCCUUAAAGAUUCGAUAAAUAUAUAUAUUAUGGCGGCCUAUUUGUGCGCUGGGUCGUCUCAUACAGCUUAUAUUUUCCACUCUGUGUACCUAUCUUCAUGGACUUGAUAGUGACUGCGCCUUGCAGAUGGGAGCUAGUAUAUUUGCUGGAGUCACUGCAGUAUUCCUCCAAUACGAAUGGACAUCAGCGGAUAACACGUUUCCUGAAAUUGUCAGAAAAUCAACAGUGAUGGCGCUGAAUUUUUGUUUUGUGCCCGUAUCGAACAUCGCUGCGCCUUAGAUGAUGGAACGGGAACUCCGUAUAUCCAUGACCAAGUUGAGCUGUUUCCAUGCUUCAUUGCAGUAAUACUGAAAUUGAGAUGGACAUCGCCAAUUUACUAAGCUGAGCUAGUGUUGCUGUGUUCCUCAUUUUUAUUACUGUAGUACAGACACGUGGAGGGUUUCUGGAGCGGUGGAUUUGCUACGGGAAACUAUGUGACGCUAUUUUGAAAUCGUUCGUCGUCGAGAGUGCGAAAAGUGCUAAUUAAACUAUUACACAUUUCUAAUGAUCAUUUUAUUUUCAGCAAUUGCAAUUUUACGCUUUUCGCCUUUUAACAUCAUUUAAAAGAUUUAGCUGUACAAUAUUACAAACGUAUGGCUAAGUGAUAUUGCUUGCUUUUCCAAACUAGUUGUUCAGGUGGUUAGCAAUAGUGUUCCAAAAGUCAUAUACGUCAUCGCACAUUCUUAUGUUCAACUUCAUGUUUUAACCAAAUGUGAUAAUAUAAGAAUGGUACAUUCAAUAUUUUCAUUUUUGUCGGCGUGAUUUAAAAUCAGUAUAAAUAAAUUACACGAUCACUAAUAAGUAUAAAAAAUAAAAAAAAAAACACAUACACCAGUAGUGUUACUUUCAAAAUGUUCUUAAACGAUUUAAUUCAUUGUUUUUAAGUAGGUUUUGAAUCAAGUAGCAUAAUUUUUUGAAUAUCUAAAUAAUUUAUAUGUUUAAAAAAUAUUUUUCUAAUCUUAUCAUUUACAUUUCACUUUAAAGUUCCAAAAGUUGUUCUUAAAAAUUAGUUGUUAUGCGGAAGUAUUUCUAUUAGUUUAAUGUCAUGCGAACACGACACAUAUUUCAAAGCUAAAGUAUUCUGCUUUUAAUAAGUGAUAAUGAUAUGUUUAAUUAUGAUUCUCAAAACCUGUAUUUUGUAAAUACAAGAAAACAAAUUUUUAAUAAGUAUUCAUUGUGCUAUUACAUGUAUCCUCUACUACAAAAUUUGAUUUUAAAAAUAAAAACCAAUCUAAUUUCAUCAGGUUGAAUACAUUGAAUAAGUGGCUUUAUUAAUGAAUAUUUUAUUUUGCAACUUCACUUUUUCCCAAUUUCUGUGUAUUUACUUCUCAAUUAUUCCUUUAGGAAGUAAUAAAAUGUCACAGAAGUAAUAGAUGUUUAAUUUUAAUACUUACUAGAUAUCGUGUUUAUCUGCUGCGAACUAUACUCGCGUUAAAGCGCAGCGCUUCAUAAAUAAAUUAGCAGUCACUAAUUUUUGCUGGAAUGCUCUUAAGGUGCAUACUUUUGUGAUAUUGUGCAGCGAAAAGACAUUUUUCUUAGCUAGUAUCACUCUCAGGUGGGGGUACAAUUUGCGAAGGUACAGCUUAAAAAGUGAGCCUGAAUAGGAGGGGUGGGGAGAGUCUAAACAUACCUAGGCUAAUUGAUGUUUCAUGAAAUUAAGGAUAGCUUUUUAUAUAAGUCAUGUAUUUUAAUUGUCAUCUCAAAAUUUUUAUUCAAUGUACAGAAAUUUCUUAUAUUUUUUGGACAUUUUCUAAACACCGCAAAAUUUUACGUAUGCGAUAAUUUAGUUUUAAUCGGAAAUAUAUUUUUUCAAACUAAUGUGUUUACAAAAUGUUUGUUUGUUUUAAAAAUCAAUUGUUGCUUUUUGGCACAAAAUUAAUGUUAUUUUGAUUAAAAUUUUAACUUCUGAUUUUUUAAAAAUACUCGAUAUCGCUCAUUUGGGAGAAGAGUGCCAAAUACGAAGAAAUGAAAUUUUACAGGAGAGGCGUUUGAAGUUUAACUCUUCAGGAAAUUUGCUGUAUGACCAGUAAAUUUCCUGUGCUCUCCAGUGGUUAAUAUUCGAACAAAAUAUCUGUUAUUAUAUUCCAAAGAAGAUAAUGUCAUUUGAAGGCAUUUAAGUGGGGAAAAAAAAGAAAAUUAAAAAAAUUUCGUAUUGUGGCACUGUUCUUCCAAACAAGCGAUAUGUAAAAACUAUUUUCAAAAUCAUUUUUACCUUCGUUAUAGUUCUCUCAUUUCUGAUCCCCUUAUUACAUUCAUAACCCCAAGCAUGCUUCUGACAAGAUGUAUUUUUAUAACAAUAAAUGAUAAGUGUUCUCUGGGUGAUAGCAAAAGCAUCAUUUUAAGGCAUCACAAUUUGGGGUUAAAUCUGUGUCAUAAAUGCAGUGGAAAGGGAAUUUUCUUAAAAGAGCGAAGAUUGAUAUUAAAGAGGAGAUCUCCUUUUAGAGUUGCUGAUAUUUUGAGCAUGAAAAGCUGAGUAGGAGAAGUUAGAACAUAUUUUUUAACUAAACUGCAGUUUCUUCAGUUAUACUGUUGAUUACUAUUAAUUUUAAAUAUAAGUAAAGUUCUCUAGCACAGACAUUUAUUUUUCUGUAAUUUAUUUUUCUAUACAAUAUAAAUGAUUUUCCAUUUUCUCACAAGGAUUUCGCAUUUUGAAAAAGUUUUUGCGUAGUGUCUAUAAAAGAUAAAUUUUAUGCAAGCAUACGAUAUUAUUUCGCUGAUAAUGGCAAGUGUCAAAACCUUCAUUUUUUAGUGCAAUAAACAUUAAUGCGAGGAUUUUUUUUUUUCAGUUUAGAAUUGCCAAUAUAAUAAAGUAUGAGAAAAUUUUGUGACUUGACAAUUGGUAUAAAAAAUACAGUUUUAUCACAUAACGAAAAAUGUUCUUUUGUAACAUAGUAGGUCAAUUGCAAUUCAAAGUUAUUGAAUUGAAAUUGUUUAUUUGAAUUACAUAAAAAAAAAACUCUAUCACCAAUCUUUUUAUUGCAACUUUUAACGUAAUGAGUUCUGAUUUUAAUUCCAAUGAUGUUGAAUAUUUGUUGCCUGUAUCAUCUGAGUGUUGAUCCAAAUAUUUUUUUAUCUAAUGUAGUUUUAAAUUUAUUUUAAUUAGUACAGUUUGUAAGGCUUGUGUAACGAUGCUUGCAUCCAAGCUUUAUAAUCGAAAACUUCCAAGUGAAUUUUCGGUUGGAAUCAUUAUAUAAUUGAACUAUAUUCAAAAUGUUUUGCAUGGAUUUGUAAAUACUCUCACUCGCAUGGAAGUUAGUGUUAUCGUUUGCUAAAGGAAAACUUAAACUAUUUUUUAAAUUUAUGUGAGCAAAAUAAGAAUUUGAGAGAAUAAGUUAUUAAAUUAAUUCGAUUCUUAUUUAGUUUUGACAUUUUUUAUUUGAUCUCAUUAUUUAUUGUUGCAUAUGAUUAAAGUCAUGAUUCUUUUAUUGAAAAAUGUUCAAAUGUUUUAUCGUUUUGUUUUAUAGAUAUAUAUUUUGAAAGUUUAAUUCGAUUUUUUUCUGCAAAAUUUUUAAAUUGCAGUGUUUCAAUUGUGUCGUGCGUUCAUUAAAUAGUCUUUCUUUGUUCUAAUUUAUCAAACAAUGCAAAACAAAACUUUUUAAAAAUUACUUUCUAAAAAAUUGUUGAUUUUUUUUUCUGAAAUUCAGGGAAAUUGACGUGUUUUAAAUGACUUGUUUAUUAGAUGAAAAGGUUGUUAAUAUAUAAAAGUCAAAUUGUGUGAUGUGCAUUCUUUUUUAUCCGACAUUAAAGAUGAGCCUGAAAGCUGUAUAAAGUCAUUUUUGAGAUAGUAAAGAAUUUCAUU